CACCACACAAUCUCAUACACUCGAUAACCACAGCAACAACUUCAAUAUGGCUUUAGACAGUCGAUCUGCGUACUCGCUGAGUGUACUUCCUGCUCAUCCCGACGAAGCAUCAGAACCGCGCACAGAGUUGCAAGCAAAACUCAGGGAGUUCAUCCUCGCCUUCCAGAUUGACGGCACAUACAUCUACCGCGAUCAAAUCCGGGAGAACGUACUGGUCAAACAAUAUUACUGCGAUGUCGAUCUGAGCCAUUUGAUCUCGUACAACGAAGAACUCGCGCAUCGGCUAACCACCGAUCCAUCGGACACCAUUCCAUUAUUCGAAGCCGCAUUGAAGCAAUGCUCGCAAAGAAUCGUCUUCCCACAUACCACCGAUGUCGAGCUUCCUCAACACCAACUCCUUCUUCAUUCCUCCGUCGACCACAUCUCUAUCCGGGAUCUUAACGCGACGAACGUCUCACGCCUGGUCCGUAUACCGGGCAUCGUCAUCGGAGCAUCGACGCUCUCGUCAAAAGCCACACUACUCAACAUCCAGUGCCGCAACUGCGAACACGUUCAAAAAAUUGCUGUGGAGGGCGGUUUUACAGGCAUAACUCUACCAAGGACAUGUGGAAGAAUUAAGAAUCCCGGGACAGAGUCGGGAGAUCCAUGUCCAAUGGACCCGUAUUUCGUGGUCCACGAAGAUUCUCAAUUUAUGGAUCAGCAGAUUCUUAAGCUGCAAGAGGCUCCAGAUCAGGUACCCGUUGGCGAACUCCCCAGACACAUUCUCGUUUCGGCGGACCGCUAUUUGACAAACCGAGUUGUUCCUGGUUCGAGGUGUACGAUAAUGGGUGUCUUCUCAAUUUACCAACGAAAUAAAGGCUCGAAGAAGGAUGCUAUUGCCAUUCGGAAUCCAUAUCUCCGAGCUGUUGGCAUCUCAACAGACGUCGACCACUCUGCCAGUGGUGCUAGCUUUUCCGAUGAAGAAGUGCAGGAAUUUGAAGAAUUGGCUCGGUCACCGGACUUGUAUGAUCGCUUCGCCCGUUGCAUUGCCCCUUCAAUUUACGGCAAUAUGGACAUCAAGAAGGCCGUCGCAUGCCUUUUAAUGGGUGGUUCCAAAAAGAUACUCCCUGACGGUAUGAAACUUCGAGGGGACAUCAACGUCCUCCUGCUUGGUGACCCUGGUACGGCGAAGUCUCAACUCCUCAAGUUCGUCGAGAAAGUCUCUCCUAUUGCAAUCUACACGUCUGGCAAGGGUUCAUCAGCCGCAGGUCUAACAGCAUCUGUCCAACGCGAUACACAGACACGCGAAUUCUACCUGGAAGGUGGCGCCAUGGUUCUCGCGGAUGGCGGUGUAGUCUGUAUCGAUGAAUUCGACAAGAUGCGGGACGAGGACCGUGUGGCGAUUCAUGAAGCCAUGGAACAACAGACCAUCUCUAUUGCGAAAGCUGGCAUUACCACCAUACUCAACGCACGCACAUCAGUCCUUGCUGCCGCCAAUCCUAUUUUCGGGCGUUAUGAUGACCUCAAGUCUCCUGGCGAGAACAUCGAUUUCCAGACGACAAUUCUCUCUCGUUUUGAUAUGAUCUUCAUUGUUCGAGAUGAUCACGAUCGAAAUCGUGACGAAACUAUUGCCAAGCACGUUAUGAGCAUUCAUAUGGGCAACCAAGGUGUCGAGGAACAGGCGGAGUCAGAGAUUUCUGUGGAGAAGAUGAAGAGAUACAUCAGUUUCUGCAAGUCGCGAUGUGCUCCUCGUCUCUCGGCUACUGCAGCAGAGAAACUGUCGUCCCACUUUGUUUCCAUUCGUGACCGUGUCGCCCGUGCCGAAAGGAACAGCAACGUACGAUCUUCGAUUCCCAUCACCGUUCGUCAGCUCGAAGCCAUCAUUCGUAUCACAGAAUCACUUGCGAAAUUGACACUUUCACCGGUUGCCGAGGAACACCACGUGGAUGAGGCAAUUCGUCUCUUCCUUGCAAGUACCAUGGAUGCUGUAUCGCAAGGUGAAGGCGCAGGCGGGAUGAGCGCGAAUCGCGAGCUCAUGGACGAAGUAGGUAAAGUAGAAGAAGAACUUAGACGACGUCUUCCCAUCGGCUGGAGUACGAGCCUGGCAACGCUCAGGCGUGAAUUUGUGCAGGGGCGAGGGUAUAGCGAGGCAGCAUUGGCAAGAGCACUACACGUCCUACAGCGCAGAGAGACUGUAAGAUUAAGAAGUGGUGGCAGCCAAGUGUACAGGAGUGGUGUGUAAUUCAACCCGCUCCAUUCCCGAUCGGAUUUCGGUGUGGUUUGAUGAACAGUUACGGAUAAAGGCUUUGCUCUAACGCAGGUAUCACGUUUUGGGACUUAUACGGGAGUACAAGGAAUAAUGUAUUAUGACAUGCUGAAUUUGAGUUGUACAACUG